CUUUUCGUCGUUCAUUUCAAAGAGACUGACCAAAAUGUCUGUUCCUGGUGUGCACGAACAACCGGAGUUGAAGCAUUCUGUGAACGUCAUGGCAAGUUCUAUCCCAGGCAUGGCCCAUCACGUCGGGCUCACGCAGGCUUCCGUCAUGGGGAACGGCCCGGCUGGCAUGGGAGGCAACAAGAACAACAGCAACCCCAACAACAACCCGGACAGAGUAAAAAGGCCCAUGAACGCUUUUAUGGUGUGGUCAAGAGGACAACGCAGAAAGCUAUCGCAAGAGAACCCCAAAAUGCACAAUUCUGAGAUAAGCAAAAGGUUAGGAGCCGAGUGGAAGUUGCUGUCUGAGGACGAAAAGAGGCCGUUUAUCGAUGAGGCGAAACGACUUCGAGCGGUGCAUAUGAAGGAGCAUCCGGACUACAAGUACAGGCCCCGACGUAAGACCAAGACCCUGUUGAAGAAGGACAAGUUUACCCUUCCAGGUAUCAUCAAUCCACAGACCGGCGCACCUGUUCAGAGAGGGGUAGGAGACGGUAUGCACGGCUACCAGCACCUCAACGGCUACAUGAACGGGUACCCAAGUAUGAUGCAGGACCAGCUAUCUCACCUACCAUCGCAUUCUUACGGGGCGCAUCAAGCUGCACAAAUGGCCAACAGUGGACUUCAUCACAGGUAUGACAUGGCCCAGCUAGGCUACCCUGCUAUGUCCACCACCCAUGCCGCAUCGUACCUCAGCCCCGCCGCUGCCAACUACUCGGCCGCCUACAGCCAGGCGGCAAUGAUGCACCACGCACCGUCAGGCACCUCAGCCGCCAAGUCCGAACAAGCGUCGAUGCCAACAGAGCGAACGCAGUCAGCAGCCACCGCCGUCUCCGCUGGCGGGCGACCCAUGCCCGGCGAUUCGUCGCUUCGUGAUAUGAUCAACAUGUACCUCCCUGGCGACGCCAACGACCCGAACGUCCAACGACAACAUGCUAUGCAACAGGCUGCCGCAGCGGCGUAUCACGGUACCAGUGUAACAUCUACGAGCGGUGUUGGUGUGAACGGUACCGUUCCACUCACGCAUAUGUAAGACCAAAAACUUUCUUUUACACAAGUUUAAA